GCUGCUGCAGACCUAGGAGCAUCCAGCUCUUUGCAGCAGCCGCAGCAAGCAGCAGGAGCAGGAAGGAGGCGAGGCUGGCGAAGGUCAGCCGCUAAGCCUCCUUGCUUGGCCGUGGGCGGGGAAGAAAGCGCAGGAGGAGCAGAGCCCAGCCUUGCUGCCGGUCGGGAAGAAAAGGCGAGGAGGACCAUGGCUGCGGCUUCCGAGUGAGCCCAUCUCCUGGACCCGAGAAAGGCGACCAGCAACGCCUCCCCAGCCAUGGCAGGUAUGGCGGCAGAAGCAGUUUCAUCAACUGCCUAUGCAUCUCCAGCAAGAAGCCUGGGAGACCCAGGAAUAACACCACUGUCUCCAUCCCACAUUGCGAAGGACUCUGAAGCAAAUGACACAGAGGAGCAGUCAUUUCAAGUUGUUGUGGCUGUUGAUUUCGGCACAACUUCCAGUGGCUAUGCCUACAGUUUCACCAAGGAACCAGAAUGCAUCCAUGUGAUGAGACGAUGGGAAGGAGGGGACCCUGGUGUGUCCAACCAGAAGACGCCAACAACUAUCCUCUUAACACCAGAAAAGAAAUUCCAUAGUUUUGGUUAUGCAGCCAGAGAUUUCUACCAUGACUUAGAUCCCAAUGAAUCAAAGCAUUGGUUGUAUUUUGAAAAAUUUAAGAUGAAGCUUCACACCACUAGUAAUUUGUCCCUGGAAACAGACUUGACAGCUGCGAAUGGCAAGAAAGUCAAGGCACUUGAUAUAUUUGCUUACGCUCUGCAGUACUUCAAGGAACAAGCAUUGAAGGAGCUGAGUGAUCAGGGAGGAGAACCAAUUGAUAACUCUGAGAUACGAUGGGUCAUCACGGUGCCAGCUAUCUGGAAGCAACCUGCAAAGCAGUUUAUGAGGCACGCUGCAUAUAAGGCUGGGAUGGCUUCCCCCGAAAAUUCUGAACAAUUGAUUAUUGCUUUAGAACCAGAAGCGGCGUCAAUCUACUGCAGGAAACUACGCCUUCAUCAGAUGAUAGAUUUGGGCAACAGAGGACCCGUCAAUGGUUAUAACCCAAGUGAGACCAUUGGCACUGGCUUUACACCAGCUAAAGAACACAUUCGACGUAACCGGCAGAGCCGCACAUUUUUGGUUGAAAAUGUCAUAGGAGAGAUCUGGUCAGAGUUGGAAGAAGGAGACCGUUACAUAGUUGUUGACAGUGGAGGAGGAACAGUUGAUGUGACUGUCCAUCAGAUCAGAUUACCUGAAGGGCACCUGAAGGAACUCUACAAGGCAACAGGUGGGCCACAUGGUUCCUUAGGGGUAGAUUACGAAUUUGAAAAACUCCUGUGUAAAAUAUUUGGAGAAGAUUUCAUUGAGCAAUUUAAAAUUAAGCGACCUGCUGCCUGGGUUGACCUGAUGAUAGCCUUUGAAUCCCGCAAGAGAGCAGCUGCCCCAGAUCGGACAAAUCCAUUGAACAUCACUCUGCCUUUCUCAUUCAUUGACUACUACAAGAAAUUUCGAGGUCACAGUGUGGAACACGCCUUAAGGAAAAGCAAUGUGGAUUUUGUGAAAUGGUCAUCACAAGGAAUGCUGAGGAUGAGUCCAGAUGCCAUGAAUGCCCUCUUCAAACCCACUAUUGAUGAAAUCAUAAAUCAUCUCAAUGAUCUAUUCGAAAAGCCUGAAGUAACUAAUGUGAAAUUCCUGUUCCUGGUGGGUGGAUUUGCUGAAGCUCCACUUCUUCAACAAGCUGUCCAGAAUGUCUUUGGCUCCAAGUGUCGAAUCAUCAUUCCGCAAGACGUGGGUCUCACUAUCCUGAAGGGAGCAGUGCUUUUUGGACUGGAUCCUGCAGUCAUCAAAGUGCGCCGUUCCCCCCUGACCUAUGGGGUGGGGGUCCUGAAUCGUUACGUGGAAGGGAAGCACCCUCCAGAAAAGCUGCUAGUUAAAGACGGCACUCGCUGGUGCACUGACGUCUUUGACAAAUUUAUCUCUGCUGACCAAUCGGUGGCGCUCGGUGAGGCUGUGUCACGCAGUUAUACUCCCGCUAAGCCUUCACAGCUGGUCAUCGUGAUCAACAUCUACAGCUCAGAACAUGAUCAUGUCAGUUUCAUCACCGAGCCAGGAGUGAAAAAGUGUGGCACGCUCCGCCUGGAUCUCACAGGGACUGAUAUCAGCGUGCCAAGCCGGAGAGAAAUCAAAACACUCAUGCAGUUUGGGGACACUGAGAUUAAAGCCAUGGCAAUCGACGUUGCCACCUCGAAAAGUGUCAAAGCUGGUAUUGAUUUCCUAAACUACUAAUUGGUAUUCCUCCCUUCCUCACCCCUUGUCAUUUCAAUGCUGUUUCCUCAUUUUUCAUGUGUCGCCAAGUGGACUAGAGUUUUAGCUGGAUGGUAAGAAUAGCCGUUGGGAGGAAGUGUCAUACAUUUUUGUUGUUGUUGUUGUUCUUAAAAUUAUCUAUUUAAGAUUCCAAAUAUAUGCUUAUAAGGUGCUAAAUGUGGAAACUGAUAACCCCAAAAGGCUACUUACCUAAUGAGAAUUGGUCAUGUAAUGUCACUGCGUUCUUGAUUAGGAAAAUAAAAUGCCCUACUCAAUGUUUUUCAUAUAUUCUGAAUUUAGGGCCCAAAUUAGCAAAAGCUGGUAUCUCUGGUCCUAUAUCUACAAUUCAAGCUAAAUGGGCUACAUCAAAGUAAUAAUCCUAAAUAUAAUAGAUCCUUUCUUUAUUGGUGCAUCAUUUCAGCUGCCCUAGCAGGUUAAGAGACAAGGAACAAAUAUUUUUAAAAAAUUAAAAACAAAUUGGAUCAUAUAAGCUUGUGGCUUGCUUAUACUGGACAGAAACACCAAAUUGGGACAAAAGUCACUUCUGAAGACCCAUACAACAUCCAGGGAUUUCCAACCCAUAAUGCAGGAUCACAAUGGUUAAUCCAGUUAUAUCCUGCAUUGGUUGAAGUCUGAGAAUGAGUUGAAGUUUCCCCAAAACUUUGGAGAAGUCCCACAUUUCAGGAUUCGUGGAGUCAGCUGGAUUGGUUCUAAUCCAAAUUAAUCCACUGUCCACAGAGGUUAUUGUCACCACCCAUUUUCCCUGUCUGUGAUGCAGGAAAAUGAGAUGAAACAUAUCUUUGUUGUCCUUUGUCACAGUGGUAGCCAGGCACAGAGCUCCAGGCUGUUGCCGGGCAUCUUUGCUGAUGUCAGCAAAUAGCCAGCAAUGGCCUGGAGCUCUGGAUCCUGCCAUCAGCAAAGGUGCUCUGAAGCUUUAUAACUGGCUGCCACAGUAACAAAAAACAGCUAAAGUGAAGAUGACCACCCAGUGAGGCUGAACUAGCUUCAGCUUGGUUGGUCUGGACUCCUCUCCCACAGUUUGGGGGCAGAACAUGUAAACAGCUCCUCAGAAUCUGAGGCUGGUCCGGAGUUGCAAUGCUCCAGACCAGCCUCAGAUUUUGUGGCUCAUGUAGGGCCAACACUAGUCUAACUGCCAUUGAUUAAUUUGAUUUCCUCCAGAUUUAAACCACUGAGAUUGCUUAAAAGAGCAUAAUGCCACUAGCGCAACACUGCAGCGCUCGUUUAUAGAUUUGUACUUUAUUUACUGCUGCUAUUGCUAGAAGUGGCAAAUUAUAAGCCUUUUUAAACCAGACCUCCCCUAUUUGUAUGUUUAAAUACAACCUAGAUUUUAAAACAGAACAUUUCAUUAUUCACAGUAGUAGUGAAAUGGAAGUUACAGUCACAGUUUUAGAAUUUGCCCUUAUGUAUUAACAAAGGAAACUUGCUUACUGAAUAUAAACAUGAAAGAAACCAUUCUUUUUAGCACUAUUUCAAACCAUAACAGAUAUUUGCCAGAGAUUCUACCUGUCUAAGGUCAGUUUAAUCAAUGAAACUACCCAGAACAUUUGAUAAACAACAUCCUUUAUUUAAUUUGUAGAUACCAUGCACAUGUAUCAUAGUUUUUUUUUUCUGUGUCAGGAGCAACUUGAAAAACUGCAAGUCGCUUCUGGUGUGAGAGAAUUGGCUGUCUGUAAGGAUAUUGCCCAGGGGAUGCUUAGAUGUUUGGUGUUUUACCAUCCUUUUUGGAAACUUCUCUCAUGUCCCCGCAUGGGGAGCUGGAGCUGACAAAGGGAGCUCACCCGCUGUCCCCAGAUUUGAACUGCUGACCAACCUGUUGGUCAGCAGUCCUGCCGGCACAAGGGUUCAACCCAUUGUGCCACCAGGGGCUCAUGUGUCAUAGUAGUCAACAUCAGAGGAAAGGCAUCUUCCCCACUGCAAUCUGGAAGAAAAGAGGCACUGCUUUUGAACAUAGUGUUUACCAUUUACUGCUAAUUAAAUAUGCUGUCUGAUUGAGCACAGAUUAAUUACGUGCUGCAGCCCUUGUAUUUGCAUUUGCUCCUGGUUUAUUUAUCAUUGGAAAGAGGCAUUUUGCAAAAGUCUCAAUAGCAUUUAUUGUUUACAUUUGGACCGCCUGCAACAUCCAGGGUUUGUUUAUUAUUGUUUAUUAUUGCCUGCUUCCAGAUAACUAACAAAUAAUAUUCAGUCCUUUGAAGAACAAACAAACUGGUAUAGUAGUAGAAAUCAGCCAGAGGACAUCUCUGAAGAAUGGGAUAUAAAUACUCUAAAAAGUAUAUCAAUUUCUGUUCUCCGGUUGGAGAAAGAAAAGGGACAUUUUCAUUGUUUUCCCUACAUAUGACAUGUUUAGGGGAAAUAUUACUGUACUGAAAUUUAAUGUAAGGAAAGUAACAUCUUUCAUUGGAUCAACUUUGUUGAUUUCUUGACGGCGGGGGGAAAGCUAUACAAAAUCUCACAUUAUUUAGACUUUUUCAACAGGUGCAUGUGCAAAUACACAGUGGUUAUUAAAUCCACAACAAUAUAUCGAAACAAUUGCUUGUCUUGAAUUUACAUUCACAAUGUUCUCCUUCCCUUUGUGUCCCUUUGAUGUAACUGCAUAUCUAGUGUUGCAGACAUGAGUAUUCUUCUGAUAGCUUUCUCCUCUUGUGUGCCUUCUCAUCUCUGUGACAAGUUAUGUCAGGAAGAAUUUUAAUCUGGAUGCCUAUAGACAUCGCCAACUGAAAAGGGAAGAACAGCAGACCAAAAUUAAUCUGACCAGAAGAGGGAGCAAAGACAUCAGCUCUGGGUACUGUUUGAAUGGCUUCCAGGAGGCCAGAUAGGCAAUUCCAUACAUCAAGAGAACAAGAAAGCUGUGUUUGAGCACUGCGAGCUUCAGAAUUAUCAAAAGGUUUAUUAGGUAACAAAUCUGAUCUCUUCCAGGGUUGAAUUAGAAUAGCUGGAUACCCAAUUAUACAAGCAUAUAGACAAGUGUGUGUGAGUGUACGUAUAUGCAAGCUAUUUCGACUAUAUCAGGAUGAAGCUCCUGGUUUGCCUCGAGUGAUAUACUAUUCACAAUUCACUUGUAUGAUGCACCCCAGGCAAAUUUGGGAUGGCUUGAUAACAGCUCAAUUCUUCUCUUGGAAAGUCAUUCUGGAUUCAUAAUAGAUAGUCCAAUACUGUGUCCUUUGAAGCCACAUAAGGCUGCCGGUGCAUAUCCAACACACACACACACAUUAGCACCAGAAAUAUUACUUAUUUAUUUAAAGUAUUUAUAUUCCGCCCUUCUCACCCCAAAGGGAACUCAGGGCAGAUCACAAUGUACAUAUACAUGGCAAACAUUAAAUGCCAUACAACAUACAAACAGAGACAUAGAGGCAAUUUACCAUUUCCUGCUUCAUGAGGUUAUGCUUGAUUCCGGCCACAGGGGGAGCUGCUGCUUCGUCAUCCACUGUGACACCGAGUCCUUGAUGAAUUACUUCCUCAUUCCUUUCCACACACUGCUGGACGAUUUUUAUGGUGUUGUAAAUUAGUUAAAUUAGGCUCCCUGCAUAAGCGGUACCUAAAUUUCCUAUUUGAUAGAUGCAACUAUUGUUUGGGUUGCUUACGUCAACAACAAACUGGGCUAUUUUAAUGGCCGGGCACUCAAUCCGAUGUGGCCUGGCUUCGAACUCAUGACCUCUGGUCAGUAGUGAUUUUUGCAGCUGACUACUAACUAGCUGCACCAUAGUCUGGCCCAAAUAUCUGCUAUUACUGGCUGGAAAAAGCUGCCACUUUUCAAAAUACUUGGGGAAAACCCAUUGUCACCCACUAAAAUUAAUUGUUCUUUCAAGAGCCCAGAAGAGUAAUUAUUUAGUUGAACGCUUUUCCUAUUAGCUAUGCAUGAGUGAAAAGCCAUAGACUCCCUUUAUUUAAAAAAGCAAAAUCCCAAUCCUUUAUUACGCAAAUCAUAUUUUAAGAGUCAGGUACACAUUGUGUAAACAUUGUCAAUUCUCAAUCGAGAAUUUAAGAAGGGAGGUCCCUUGCAUUAUAUCCAUUAUAUAGUUCCCUGAUAGAAUGUGAAAAUGCUUUGCCGGAUUAACUUUCAAAAGGAUGGACUGGAUCAUUAGAAAGACAGUAUCUCACUUGCUGUUCCUUGCAUAAUUAUUCUACUGGAAUGAUUAAAAAGUGCAUGCUGGUUCUCUCUCCUUUUUUUGAUCCUGCCCAUUGCAUCCUUCCAGGCAAAUAUUUAGUUUGGUUUCCUAGCUCAGUUAGUACGUGGCCUUCCGUAGUUUACAAAUCAGCUACUCUGUAGGAUGGGCUAUGAACAAACUCAUUUGAUGUAUAUAUAUAAUAUUUAAAUAAUGUACAGAUGCUUUCUUUCAGAAGUGCUAUUUUCUUGUACAGAAUGGUCUUUAUCUCUGUUGAUUUGCAUUCAGUGGUUAAUUUUAAAUAACAUAGUUUCUCCAUCCGCUUCAUUAAUUAUAGGCUUUUGAAGUUGGCAAGAUAUGUAAUGCACAAAGCUGAUCUUAUGAUAAUAAGGGGAGGGGAGUGUCAGAAUGCCAGACAAUACCACAUUCUUCUUCUUGCUAUGCAAAUAAUAGCAUGUAGACACGCUGUUGGGAUUUAAUUCUUUUCUCUUUUUUCUCUUUUACUGUUAAAUGCACUAUACUAUUUGAAGGAAUGCUUUGGAGUAGGUCACUUUAGAUCGUCCCUCAUCCUGUUUGGAAACUAGGUGAUCAUUUCCACAUUUUUUUACACCAAGUGAGCUCUAGUUUCAAGACACAUGUUUUAUUUCUACUUCAGUCAGGUCUUCACAUUUGUGGGGUUCACUUUUAUGGAUCUGAUUACUCAUAGGUUUGAUUAAUAUGUUAUCUGUAGAAAUCCCUAGGUCCUUAAGCAUGACUCUGGUCAACAUCCACCACAAAGUUGAUUGAAGGACCUAGAGCAGUAGUUACCAACCUUUGGGCCUCCAGGUGUUUUGGACUUAACUCCCAGAAAACCCAGCCUGUUUACCAGCUGUGAGGAACUGAAGUCCAAACUACCUGGAGGCCCAAAGGUUGGGAACCACUGACCUAGAAAAAACAUUCCUCUAGCCAUGUGUAGGCUCUCCGGUUUGAUUCCAUCAUCAUCAUCUGGAAGAAGUUGAACAUAGAAUUGCAUUGGAGACCCUAGGUAUUUCUAAAGAGACAUUAAUAGUAUUUUUAUAUGCCGUUUUCCACUUUUGCUGUAGUCCUCCAGUCCAACCCCCAUGAAAGUGGAGGCUGACUCUGUAUCUCUUUUUGCUUCAUGAGACUAUAGGGCACCAGACACACAUAGGUCACUCACCAGAGACUGCCUACAAACAUGUUGCCUUUUGUUGUCUGAUCAUUAAUGCAGAAAUAGAGAUAGUCACUAUGUGUGAUUAGUAAGUGGCAGGAUGUACAUGUGUAUAUUCCCUCAAACUACAAGACUCGUGACAACCUAAAAAGACAUCAACACAAAUGUCUUGGUGUGAAAUCACAUGAAUGAAGGUUUCUUGUUUCAAUAGGAAACUUUUAGACUGGCAUAUGCUAUAGAAUCUUCUUUCCAAAUCUUAGAAAUAUGAUUGCUGCUAUUCAGAAGUCAUAAGGACAUAUGGUAAAUCAGGAUUGCAAUAGGUGUAUGAUUCCUGACUAGCCCAGGAAUCAUACGCCAUACAAUUGAACCUCAUCUUCUAGCAGUAACUGCAACAUGCUUUUGACAGGAGGUCCUUCAGAAUUUGUGUAGGGUCAAAUUACAGUAAAAUCCUAUACAUAUCUAUACAUGCUGCUGAGUUUAGUAGGGCUUACUCCCGGCUAAGUAGACAUAGUAGCCUUGAUUGGUUUUGCAAUCCAAGUGGGUCUGUAAAGCUACCAUUUUCCAGAUGAUUGAGAAUAGGUUUCCUAUUGUAGGAAUUCCUAAGCAAUUGCAACCAGAGGUGGUGAAAUUGCUUCUUAAAAAAUUGACACACAAACCUGUCCACUACAAAGGCAAUUGAGCAAUUUAUUUGUAUUAGGGAGCACUGACUCUUUAUGGACGGUGAUGUCCGCUACCAUUUCUGGUGGAAACAGCAAAAUUCAGUAGAAUAACAUUUAGAUGUUGGCCUUUAUUUAUUAUCUUUUAAAGUUGGACAGACAUUUAUUACCUUUUAGAGUGGGCAGUUAACCACCAUCUUUUCCUUGCUUGCCCAUUCCCUCCUUGGGCAAACCAGACUACUGGCCUCCUGGCACCAAUGAAUAGAUUUUGUGCUGUCAUCCUGUCUUUCUUAACUGUUUUUCACUUUCUGGUGAGAAGAAAAACAGAAGCAGCCGUGAGAACAUACAGGAGGGUUCCAAAUGGUGGAAAGUAUUUGGAAAUCCUCCCAACAAGGUUCUGCAAAUGCGGCAUGGCAAAUAUAGAUUUGAAAACAUUCCUUCACUUUGUAUCUGGAAUAAAAGCUGCCUCAGCUGGUUCUACUCCCAUUAUACAAAAAGGUAGAUUGAAAUCACCAUAUUUCCAUUUAGGUCAGUGCUUCUCAGCCUGGGGUCCCCAGAUGUUUUUGGCCUUCAACUCCCAGAAAUCCUAACAGCUGGUAAAGUGGCUGGGAUUUCUGGGAGUUGUAGACCAAAAACAUCUGGGGACCCCAGGUUAAGAACCACUGAUUUAGGUCAUAUGUUCAAACCCUUAGCAUUAAGAAAAGCCUUUGUUCACAAAAGAAGAUAUAGUACAUUUAAUAUGGGAUGUGGAAUAUUCCUCACAUAAAAGAGUUAUGUGUUUUUUCACAUGAGAAUGUUUAUACACUCACUGGUAUUAAUGUAUUCCUAUAAAAAGGUUGGGAUGUUUUCCCUGGUUAUUCAAAGCAUGAUCCCACUAUUAAUCAGAAAGAACACUAUAAAGUAAAUAUUACACCCUUUAAUAUUUAUCUUCUCUAAGCAAACAUAUAUGUAAACAUUUUAUAUGUAAUCUAAAGGGGGUUGUGAUCUAUUCCAACUAUAUGGUUCUACGAUCCUGUAUUCAUAAAUCCUAUAUUCUUUGAAUGACUAAUAAAAAUAGGUAUAAUUCCAGGCUGGAAACACAAUUUUGCAGUACUGGGUUAAAUUGUCUAAAUUGUUUUUAAAAACAUUGAGUUAAAGUUUAUUUCCUAACUAUCACAAAAAGAAAAUCUUUAAUUAAUGCUAAGGUUUACAGUCCAUUUUGAUAGGAAUAUAAUGAUUUGAAGCUAGCUGAAAACGGGUAUUUUGGCCCACAGUGCAGUAAUUUAUAUGGGAAAGAUAAAACUCCCUGCUGGAUGGAGGCAUGUGAGUUUUUGAUCUAAGUUUUUGAUCUGAUCCAUUCUUCUCUGUGUAAUUCAUUUGCGGUGCCUGUAGCCAAUGAAGGGAGAUUACUCCUGGAUUGCUGCAGCUCUUCACAAAUACACAAUGCAGCUUUCAAGCAUUUCAGCCUAUACUCUUGCCAAAGGAAUCCCACUGGACAUGUAUAUGAAACCAGGGAAAUUGCAAAUAUGUUAGCUCAAGAACUGUGGGCUAUACCUGCUAAACACAGGCUGAUUCUUUGUUUUGUGUAGUAAGCAUUUAAAUAUAACCCAACUUCAGAAACUGUUUUUUUUUAAAUACUGCUGUACUGUGUUGCUAUUAUUGUGAGAUGCAUUUUUUUAAAAAAAAAACAGCCCUAAAAUUGAGAAUAUUCUCCAAUGGAUGUGCUUUCCACUAUCCUCAGCCCUCCUCAUGAAUCAUAGCAGAUCUAGGUUAUGUGUCUAAUUGAACUUUUUUUAGAAAUAGGAUGUGAUACUGUGACUACAUGCUUUAGUAUGGAGCCCUAUGUUAUAUUUAAAAAUAAGUGGCCAAUUAAUGCUCACUUAUAUAUAGAAUUUACUCCUGUGUUGUUUAAGCUGGUAGAAAUAAUUCAGACCAGGAAACUGAGGUUUUCAUGGAAUAGACGUUUCGGUUUUAUUGUCUGCAGGUUUCGGUCAAGAGACGCUUAAGGGAAGGGUUUUGUUUCAAUGCCUUGUUAAACUGAUAUCAACUUUAGACUGUUUCAGAAAAAUUCCCUUUGGUUUCAGUGAAGUCUUCUGCCUGCAUAAAACCGUGAAAGAAAAACAAGUGACUUAACAUACAGUUAAGAAUCAAAGCAAGAAUGUGAUAGGAUACAGUGAUGUGAAAAGACAUCUCAGCUAAUACUCUGCACAGCACUUUCAAAAGGGCAUUUGAACAUAAACCCGCAGUGAUGUAUUUGCUAUAAUAAUAUAGUGCUAUAUUUACACACAAAAACACACCCAAACGCAUUGUGUACAGUUUGUUGGGCAUAAUGCUACAUUAUUCCUAUCCGCUCAGGCAAUUCUUCAGAUAUAUUGUUUAAAGACAAAACAAAAACUGUCAUUAUAAUCUCAUUUGCUCUCUGUAAAGGAGUACAAACUUCACUGAAUUCUGGGGCUGAUGAUCACAGCUUGUCACGUUUGCAUUCUCUGAAUACAUUGUGCUUUUUCCAAAGUGUCAAAUAAAACACAGUAAACUG